UGAUUUGAUUUAGGCGUUGACGGUUCGCUGGUAUCGUGCGCGCAUGAAUUACAAUUAAUCUAAAGACAGCCAGCCAAGCAGCGUCAGCAUCAAGCUAAAUAUUCCUACUAACAAAUAAGUAUGUAGGUUUUGUGUUGGUGUCAGCAGCAACGGCAGUGCUCGCGAGAGUUCUUUUGCAUAUUUUUCGUGUUUAUGUUCUACCUGACAUUCUAUGGCAGUUGUGAAUGUCAGCCACAAAGUGUAACAGACAAGAAAUCAGGUUGUAAAGCGAAUAAACAAGAAUCAUUAAUACGGCCAUAAAAAACACAGACUUGCCGAGGAAUUAUCUGAAUUUUGACAUUUUAAAGGCAUAACUAUAUACAUAAGUUGGUUCACGUCCUACGCACAAAAUAAACUGCACCACCGCGUGGCCAACAAUAACAGCAACAGUGUUGCCUGGCGGCGCCGCAAAUUGCUAACAAACCCUUGGAGGGGGAAAACAAGAGCAGGAAGACAGCGCCAUGGACGACGAGUUCAAACUCUGCUGGAAGAACUUCCAGGACAAUAUAGCGAGUGGAUUUCAAAAUCUGUACGAUCGUGGCGACCUGGUCGAUGUGACACUGGCGUGCGACGGCAAAUUACUGCAUGCACACAAAAUUGUCUUGGCCAUUUGCAGCCCGUACUUUCAAGAGAUAUUCACAACAAAUCCCUGCCAGCAUCCUAUAAUCAUACUCAAAGAUGUCAGUUACAACAUCAUGUGCGAGCUGCUGGAGUUCAUGUACCAGGGUGUGGUGAAUGUGAAGCACACGGAGCUGCAGUCUUUCAUGAAAAUUGGCCAACUGCUUCAGAUCAAGGGUCUGGCCACCAACUCAACCUCCUCGCCCGGUUCCAGUUCGUCCGAGAAGUCAACUAGUCAAGCGCAUGGUGCCGGGGAUGAUGAGCCGCAUCUGAACAGCAGCAGCCACAACAACAACAACAACAGCACUAGCAGCAGCAACAACAAUAAUAGCGGAGUCGUGAGCAAAACAGAGUCGGACCACAACGAGCCGCAGACCAGCAGCAAGGCUGGCCCGCCCAGUAAUUUGCGCAGCUCAACCGCCUCGCCUGGGGCGGGGGUGGGCGGCAACUACAGUAAGGGCGCCAGCGAUCAUCAAAUGUAUACAGUGAGUAAGCGGCCAACGGAGUUUGGAAACGACUCACUGUCCAUUUACCCGCGCAAACAUCGGCGCCGAUCGCUGUCAGAUCAUGCCGGCAGUGGCGGAGGCGCAGGUCCAGAGAGCAACGAAAAUACCGAUGCCGCCAUGGAUGCACUCAACAGUGAGGAGUUCUUUCUGCCGCCCAUACCACACAUAUCGAUGGUGGAGUCGCGAUACGAUAUUGGCGGUCUAAAACGCGAGAGCGAUCAUCAUGGCUCGAGCGCCUCUUCUUCCUCUGCUUCGUCCUCGGCUGCAGCGGCCGCUGUUGCUUCGCUGCGCAAUUCUUUUCCGCCGGCCUUUAAUUUGGACUACAACUUUUACAAACCCGGAAAUACUGGCGGAGCGGGCGGUGGCAGCAACAAUAACAACAACAAUGGCAACGCAGGCGUCGGCAUUGGCUCCAAUCCGGGACAAGAAUAUCCCAAUGAGCUCUACAUGCCCAACGAUUAUUCCAAGAACUUUGGCAAUCACAUGGACAUUCCGCCAAACGGUAGCAACAUGGUAAUGCUGUCUACGACAUCCCUGCUCCACGGCAACUGCGUUUUCAAUCGGAACAACACCGUCGCCACGCAGCAGGGCAUGAAGACCUACUGGUUGUGCAAGUCGUACCGGAUUAGCAUGUGCCGAGCGCGCUGCAUUACCCACCUGGGGCGAAUCAUCUCUGCAACUGGAGUGCACAAUCACACGCCUCAUAUGCGGGGCAACAGUGCCGCUGGCGUGACUGCCGGUGGUGGCGGCGGCAGCAACGCGUCUUCGACCGUCACACCCAAUCCCAAUCCGAAUCAAACGGGUGCCUUAACCUAUGGCGGAGCAACCGAUGUCGGCAUGAGCAAUGCACACUUAGUUCCCUCGACCAGCGGGCCCAACGUGGAUAUGAAUCAUACGCCAUCGUCGGGCAGCGGCUUGAGCGGAGCGUGCACACGACUUGUCCCGAGCGGCAAUAUGUUUGCCACGCAGACACCUCCACCGACAGCGCCGCCACCUCAGCCUAGCACGCAGGCGCCGCAUCACUAUCAUGCCCAUCAUCACCACCACUCUCAUUUGGCGCAAUCGCUGCCCAAUCUACUGGUGCAACAACACGGCGUUGACCUUAUGUCCAGCCCCAAUCAGAUGCAUCUGCCAAUGCAGCAUCAGCAACACCCACAUCACCAACAGCAACAGCAGAGUCAACACUCGCCACAUCCAGCCCACCAUCCGCAGCAGCAACACCAUAUGGAACUGGGUGGCGGAAAUCCUGCAUUGCUGCCUGUGUCGCCGGUCUCGCAUAUGCAGCAGAGUCCACAGUCGAAUCGCAGCAGUCACUCCCUGCACGGAGCGACGGAGUCGCCUGGUGUGGGCAUGAAGAGCCCGCCACCGCUACCACCGCAAUCGGGCUCACACAUUGAGGGAGAGCAGCACGUGCUUGACCAUAAUGCUGAUCUCUCGCCAGCCGACCUCAAUUCAAAUACUGCCGGAUCGGCGGAGGCUGCGCCGCAGGCACAGGUUAUAGACUCCAUAACGAUAUCGCCGGGUAAUGGCCAUAAUUUCAAAAUCGAGAACAUGUAAGGAGAACAUUUAAGGCAGCUGAGGACGAUAUUCGUUUAGUUUGUAAGCCCGAAUGGUUUUUAUUUAUUUUGGAGCCAGCGCCAUCCUAGAGCCGGAAGCGGCGAUAUCGUGGCAGCCGUUUAGUUAGUACUUGUAGUUGAAAUUUACGACUCUUUAUGUACUGUGAGAUGCAUAUUUGAUAAACUAAUUGAAACAAAA